AUGGCCUCCUCAACCAACCGAUCGUUUGAAUACUUGGAGCAGCUGCCUGGCUUGACUUUUCAGAAGCUGUAUCAGCAGCCUUCUACGGCUCUUGCAAUCUUCCGACGCAUGCUUCCCGACCUUGCAAAAUGUCUUGUGAUGGCGCUGCUCUACAUGCGAGACCCUCUUCCUGCUGCAGAUCUCGAACUAUGGAUCAAAGCAGAAAGCAAGAAAGAGCGGGACCAUGCUAUAUCCAUCCUUGGAAGACUGCACAUCAUGACGAAUACGAUGACCUCGAAUCAAGUCCGAGCGUACAUGGUGACAAAUCCUUUCGCUUCAUCUUUACGACAAGCCCUUACCGGUGCCGAAAACUCCCAGUCUUUUGGUGUGCCUUGCUCGAGGCCCGAUCCGAAUGCUGUGUCGAUCGCAGAUCUAGAUGAAUAUGCACGGAGGCAGUGGGAAGGUGUUCUGGGAUACAUGGUUGGAACUAGUGGGCCUGGUGUUCGCGAAACUGUUAACCUCAGUCGAGGUGUCAAACAACUCUUACAGGCCGGCCAUCUGGUUGAAAUUCACCAUGGACGAGUCGAUAUUACACAAGAUGGUUUCGCCUUCGUGCUGCAAGAUAUCAACACUCAAGUCUGGCAAAUCAUCAUCCUGUAUGUUGAGAGCGCCAAAGCAUUACAGGUCAAUGAUGUGGAGGUACUUUCUUUCAUAUUCCUUUUGAGUAGCCUUGAGCUUGGGCAGUCAUAUGAAAAGAGACAUCUCACACCAGACCAGCUACGCGCUUUGGCAGAUUUGACGGAUUUUGGCAUUGUAUACCAGCACUCGCCAGCAACUGAAGCCGACCGAUUCUACCCUACACGCUUAGCAACUACACUUACUUCUGACUCGAGUGCUCUUAGCAACACGAUGUCCAGCUCUCUCUCAGCACAAACGAACGCUGCUACGGGUGAACCAGGGUCCGGAUUCAUCAUCAUCGAGACAAACUAUCGUCUUUACGCAUACACAUCAUCUCCUCUUCAGAUAUCUCUCAUUGCACUAUUCACAACGCUCAAGUACCGGUUUCCAAACCUCGUUACUGGUAAAAUCACACGACAAUCCAUCCGUCGUGCGGUAGAAAUGGGUAUCACCGCCGACCAAAUCAUCUCGUAUCUAUCUACUCAUGCACAUCCUCAAAUGCGAAGGGAAGGUGCUGUCAAAUCCACCUCAAAUACAGCUGGAAUACCGCGGUCAGUGCUACCGCCCACAGUAGUCGAUCAAAUCCGACUUUGGCAACUAGAGAGAGACCGCAUCAAAGCUACUCCCGGUUUCUUGUUCAAAGAGUUUGCCUCCCUCGCAGAAUACGAGGGGCCUUGCCGUUAUGCCGAGGAGAUUGGAGUAUUGGUCUGGAAGUCAGACCGUAAACGCAUGUUUUUUGUGACUCGGCAUGAACAAAUAGUUUCUUACCUGAAAAGUCGAAGUGCUUAA